AUCACCAUAAUAAUACACAUUCAUAUAAUCCCUACUCUGCAUAUUACAUUGGAUAUCACAAUGGCAAGACAUCUAGGAUGACCUAAUUCCCGGCAGCACCUGAAAGCAGCACGGGGAAGUGCCCUCGGCUGUCAUUCUAUAGAAUACCACUAGAUGGCAGCACAUCUCUGAAGUCAAUUAAACACUUGUGUUUGGACUUUAAAGUCAAUAUUAUGAUAACUGACAGUGUCUCGUGCUAAAGAGAUUAAACUGUGUGAUGAGUCACGGAGAUGUCCCGUCCGACACACCGACACGCCGACGUACUUGAUCUUUGUGGCUGAUGUGUCUCUCAUUUCUGUAGCGCGAGGCUCUGCAGCCAUGUCCAAACAAGCAAAAUAGAGACAACCCGAGCCCCGCCUCUUUGAUACCCCAAACAAACCGGACGGUCUAAAAAAAAAACCAACCACGGAGGCGAGGAAACCAUCUCUGGAUGUCACCGGGGUGCGUUAUCUCCACGCCGGUCCGGUGUCAGGUGGAUGGAUCAGCUGCUUCUGGGCGGGACUCGGCGGCCAGCUGGAGCCAAGCAGCGCAAGAGGAGAACAGUUUGGAGAUCAGUGAGUGGAGCGAGUCGAUGGGAACAGAACAGCAUCGCUGCCCUGUUAUACAGCCGGACGGGAGAAGACGGUACCGGACUCUGUUGUAUGGGAGUGAGUUUCCUCACACACACACACUUCAGGCUACGCAGCUCGGCAGAAUGGAAAACACCAAGCAGCACGAGAAAGUUACACAUCCCACAGCCAACUGCGUCAGUAGUAGCUGCGACCGGACUGCAAUCAUGUAGCUACUAUUUUUUUCUUUUUCUAUUCUUGUUAUGAAUUCAGAAGGAUAUAUGCCAUUGAAGAGGAGCUCGUAUAUCGUGAGGUGAACUCUCGGUAUAGCAGAACCAAGACAGAGGGGAGAUUUAUUUGCGCUCCUGGUUCCCUUCCAGACACAUAAUGGCAAGGCCACGCAGGAAAGCGUGCGUGGCUCUGUUUCUCUUCACGCUGUUCGUCUUUGGGACCAUGAUGGGACUGAGGACCCUGAAGCCCGACGACGGCUUCUCGGAUCUGGCUCCGGGCUCGGAGUUGUUGCCGAUGAUAGCGGCGGGGAAGAUGGACCGGCGCUCCGUGUCCCGUGACGCCACCGCGUCCCCGGAUCAAGCCCGUCCGGCUGGCAGCGACACUAAAGCAGUUUUGUCCAACUCCGGCCCCGAGGGGAUGAUAUUUUAUGAUGUUCAUAUAUUUUACUACACCUGGUACGGCACUCCUAACAUGGACGGCAAAUACAGCCAUUGGGACCACAUCCUGGUUCCACACUGGGACCCCAAAAUCGCAUCUAGCUACCCGAGAGGAAGACACAUGCCGCCGCAGGACAUCGGCUCCAGUUUCUACCCCGAACUCAAUCCGUACAGCUCGAGGGACCCGGACGUGUUGGAGUCCCACAUGGAGCAGAUAGGAGCAUCUGCAGCAGGGGUUCUGGUCCUGUCCUGGUAUCCUCCCGGCUUGGCUGAUGACAACGGGGAACCCGUUGAGGAUUUGGUACCAGAUGUGCUGGAUGCUGCAUAUAGACACAACCUCAAGGUCGCAUUUCACAUCCAACCAUACAUAGGGCGAAACGACCAGAGUGUGCAUGACAACAUCAAGUACAUCAUCGACAGGUACGGUGACCACGGAGCCUUCUACACGUUUAUCUCCAGCACAGGGAAGAGCCUUCCUCUGUUUUACAUCUACGACACCUACCUGACUCCUCCAGAGUCCUGGUCGGAGUUCCUGACUCCCACCGGCACCCACAGCGUGCGCGGCUCUUCCUACGACGCCGUCUUCAUCGCCCUGAUCGUGGAGGAGCGCCACAAGCACGACAUCCUCGCCGGCGGCUUCGACGGCAUGUACACCUACUUCGCCUCCAACGGCUUCUCCUUCGGCUCGUCUCACCAGAACUGGAAGGCCAUCAAAGCGUUCUGCGACGCCAACGAUCUCCUCUUCAUCCCGAGCGUCGGCCCGGGUUACGUCGACACCAGCAUCCGGCCGUGGAACAACCACAACAUGCGCAACCGGGUGAACGGCCGCUACUACGAGACGGCCCUGCAGGCGGCGCUGAACGCGAGGCCGGAGGUCGUCACCAUCACGUCUUUCAACGAGUGGCACGAGGGGACGCAGAUAGAGCGGGCGACGCCCAAGAAAACCGUGACCCGCGUGUACUUGGACUAUCAGCCGCACGGACCCGACCACUACCUGGAGCUGACCCGCCGCUGGGUGGAGCAGUUCAACAAAGAGAAGGAGCAGUGGCUCGUGUGAGCUCCCGGCCAGCGGACUUCCAUCGGCAUCGAAUGGGAGUGUGUG